AUGGAAUGUCUGUUGAAACCGGUCGACCAACAGCUUACAGUCAGUUCAUGUAUCAAGAAUGAACAUAUAUCAAUUAGCUACUGCUUCUAUGUUCGUCCAGACCCAAACAUACUGCCCGACAACAUAUGCGCCGUGUUGCCAAAAGGACCAGUGUUGUACCGUGGUUCGGAUGUUGCAAAACAUCUUGUCAAUGCUUUGGUGACUUUGGGCCGUCAAGUGAUGGACAUUAUGAAAAUAAACAUUGAAAUGUGCCAGUUGACUGCGGUCGAACAGGAAAAGUUUGACAAGACAUCCCGGUGUGAGUCAUGCUCGGUGUCGUUUGGCGAUAAAUGUGCAAAAGUUCGUGAUCACAACCACUGGACGGGAAAGUUUAGGGCCGUUUUGUGCAACCGGUGCAACUUGCAAAGACGGUACCCAACGUUCUUGCCAGUGGUUUUUUAUGAGCUAUCCAACUAUGACUCACAUUUUAUCAUUCAAGAGUUGGCCUAUGACACCGAGGACAUUACUAUAAUACCACAGUCUGAAGAAAAGUACAUUUCGUUCAGCAAGACCAUUGGCGAUCGUUUUCAACUCCGGUUCUUGGAUUCGUAUAGUUUUCAACAGGCUAGUCUGGCGAAAUUGGCAAAAACACUCACCCGAGAUGACUUUAUCGAAACGGAAAAAGUUUUCAAACAGAACACCGAUUUGGCCACGAGAAAAUCAGUUUUUCCAUACGAGUACAUCGACUGUGUGGAAAAGCUCGACGAAACAAAACUGCCCGAUAUUAGUGCGUUCUAUAGCAAAUUAUCAAACAGUACAAUAUCAGAGGCUGAUUAUGGACAUGCAAAAACAAUGUGGGACACGUUCGAGUGUAAAACCAUUGGUGAUUAUAGUGACAAUUAUUUGCUGGUCGACGUAAUGGUUUUAGUGGAUGUGUUUGAAAAGUUUCGGGUGGAGUGUUUGAAAAAUUACAAGUUGGACCCCGCACACUAUUACUCGUGUCCAGGAUUAUCAUUUGAUGCAAUGCUGAGGUAUACCGGUGUAAAACUAGAGCUUUUAACAGACCACGAUAUGCUUUUAAUGUUUCAACUUGCUAUCCGUGGUGGCCUAACUUUAGUAGUGCAAAGACAUGCCCGGGCGAACCAUCCCGAAGUUGAUGGAUAUGACCCAUCAAAAGCUCAAACUUUCCUUCAGUACAUAGAUGCUACGAAUCUAUACGGAUUUGCAAUGAUGCAACCUAUGCCGUGCGGAGAGUUUGAGUGUACAGAUGUACCGUUGGACGUGAUCUUGAGCACGGAAGACGACAGCGACUAUGGCUAUCUCUUGGAGGUUGAUGUCGAUUACCCGCAGCGUUUGCAUGAUCUGCACAACGACCUACCGUUUCUACCGGUCAACGAGUGCCCGCCACUGAAAACGAGCAAGUACAGCAAGCUGUUGACCACACUCUCAACCAAGAAUAAGUACAUUGUUCACUACCGGGCGCUCAAACAGGCUGUUGAACACGGUCUGGUAGUGACAAACACGUACAGAGUAAUAAGGUUUAAACAGUCUCGCUGGCUUGCUCCAUAUAUUGAGCUCAACACAGAGCUACGGAAAAAGGUCACUACUGUCUUUGGUCAAACUUUACCAAAGACUAUGAACAAUUCGUGUUAUGGAAAGACUUUGGAAAACAUGCGAAACCACCAGAUCAUUCAUUUGGUCAGCUGCCCCUAA